GCGGGGUCGAGACGAACACGUCAUACUUCACUGAUGAUGGUAAUGGUAGAAACAGUCUGCCUAUCUAUCAGACCGACUUCAUACGAAAUCCAAUAUUUAACAUGGGUAUUAGUGAGAGCAGGAUGCUCUCAGGCAAACUCAAUUUCGCCUGUAUCGAGGCAGAGGCACAGGGUCGUGGUAAUAUAAUUGAUCUCCUUUCUGAUGAUGAGUUCACCGAUAUCUUAAGGGGACUCUGGCAAAAUAUGUCUCCAGCGCACAGAAAAAGCAUCCAAAGACACACUAAGUUACCAAGAAAGUCCCGAUCAAAACCGCAACCACGAAACACAAAUGUCUUACUCAAAUAUUCUUCCGAAUGGGGGGAUAAUAUCAGAAGCUUUCUUGAAGCAGGGAGAGAAAUCAACAUAGGCUCAUCUCAUCCAGUAGCCGAUUCGUACAACUUCCUUUCGCGGUUGGAAGAGCGCGAAGAAAUAAAUCUCUGGCAUGUACGGUUCCUUGAGGUCAUCUUCCAUCAUCUUUUAAAGGAACUGUGCGGUUCAUAUAAACGGUCAGAAGAUGUCCGGAAAGCUAUAGCAAUCAUACAAGCAUCUGGAGCUGUUGAUGAUGACGCUAUUCUAAUUGAGAAACGUGUUCUCUCCUGGGGUGACGUUGGACGGAGACUAGAACUACUCUGUUUUGAGCUCAAAUACAACCGGCAUCCAUGGGAUGAAUCUUUGAUCGACCAGAUGGAGGAUAAAAAACAUCUGGGGCUGCUAUUUCGUCUGCCCCUACAUGUAAGGGAUGAUUAGUGACAUGAAAAGGCUUCCUCUCAAUAGUGGCCCAAGAAGAGAUCGGAAAAUUCAAGAACUAAAGUGCUUUGAUUUGAGUUC